GACAAAGGAUGUAAAAGUACUUCCCUACUUGUACUGCGAAGCCCAAAAAUUAGGGUCUGGACUGGGAAGUAAGAUGUUCAACAUAUCAAUGUGGAGGUGCAUGCAUGAGUAGAUCUGGGAAGAAUUUUCAGUUGGAGUGAUAUCAGAUCCCUCUGUUCCAUCAGUAUCAAUUUCAAGAAGUAUGACCUCAACCUCCUCGCUCUCCAGAUGAAUAACAGAGUCGCUUUCAGAGGUAAGGUCGAUUACCUCUUUCGCUUUGACCAGGGAAACAUCGGCAACGAUCUCGUUAUUCUCGAGAACGAUUACCUCGUCCUCCUCCUUGUCGUCAGAGCUGUAGACCUGGAGGGAUGGGGCUGCUGGAGCUGGAGGGGUGGGGCUGCCGGCGUGGGAGCUGGAGGGCUGGACUACCGUAGACUUCCUCGCAGAUGCCGGCUUCGAGACUGGACUGCUGCAGACCUGCGCUGGAGCUGGAGGAGUGGCACUGCCGUCGCAGCUAUGCUCUCGAUGGAGAAGAAGGACAUUGAAUUGGAGUUGUCCGAAUUCUGGAGCUUGUGGAGGGCAGGGGAGAGUACUGAGGAUCAGGAGGACGGAGGUGGCGAUGACCACGACUCCGAGGACCAUGUUGACGAUGGACACAGUGGUGGGGCUCGAGAUGGCGAGGGUCCCAGUGAUCAGCGUCAGUUCGUGUACGUCAAUUCAGAUAACGAGGUUACAAUCACUAGCGCUGGUGCUGGUCUCAUCACACCGGCAUUCUACGAGAGGACGGACACAACUGGCAUGUCGUGGGGCAAAGUCUCAACGACGACGAAGGAGUUCUACUAUCGAGAGUUCAAGAAAAAUGCUAGAGUGGAUCCGUCAAUCGAUGAGGGCAGGCUGAGGAAAGCUUUUCUCAAGAAAGCGGCUGAAUGGUUCACAAAUUUUACGUACAAUCAAAAAAACCCAGGUCGAUUGAAGAAGAAGAAGAUGGACCCGAGGCCAUUUGAGCAGUUGAAGAAGGUUUGGGAAGAGGAUCCGGAGUUUCUGAAGUUGAGUAAGACUAAGAAGAAGAACAGAAGGAAGGGAAAAGAGGAUGGUCCUGCUCUUGGGACGUAUUGUGGAGGUUGAGUUCCAUUUUCUGAAAAUAUGAAUCGAUUGGCUAAGAAAAAAGGGGGGCAUGU